AGAUGGGUUUAAGACAAUUCAAAUAAUGGAAUUUUUAAUUCUCAAGAGCUGGUAAGGUUUCUGUCUCUAUUCUGUUUUCAGCUUUUCUUUGAAGUUUCUGUAGCGAUAUCUUUUUGGGUGCUUCUCUCUCUCUCAUGGACAGAGGUCCUAUUAUUCCUUUUUUUUUUUUCCCCCAUUCCCCUUCACUUUUGUAAGAACAAUUUGAAAAGGGAAGUUUUUCUGGGUAUUUUCUGUUUCUUUGAAGGUGUUUAAUUUGGAGUUUUUUUUUUUGUUACAGAAAAAUGAAUUUCUUUGCUUCAUCUCUCCUGUUAAUUCUGACUAUUCAUUCGAUUGCAAGUUUAACUGUUGUGUUCAUAUCUAUGGAUGUUACAGAGCAUUCACUGGCAAGGGAAGCCCAAGGCAAUGGAGGAGAGAGAAAUAAUUGAAGGCCUAUAUGCAUUGCCUCCCCCUCCAUCUUUGACUGUUGCAAUUGCUAUUACUGGAAAUAGAAAGAGUAAAUAUAUAGUUAAGUGGGCAUUAGACAAAUUUGUUCCCGAGGGGAAGCUUAUGUUCAAGUUGCUACAUGUCCGCCCUAAGAUAACUAAGGUUCCAACGCCAAUGGGAAAUUCCCUUCCCCUUUCGCAAGUGCGAGAUGAUAUUGUAGCUGCUUACAAGAAAGAAGUGGAAUGGCAAAUGAGCAAAAAGCUUCUUCCUUACAAGAAGAUGUGUGCUCAAACAAAGGUGCAAGUAGAAGUUGUACAAAUUGAAUCAGAUGAUGUCAUAGAUGCGAUAGCGAGUGAGGUUGCCAAAUGUAAUAUUACCAAGCUUGUUAUAGGAACUUCAUCCCGGAGAUUGUUUUCAAGGGGACAAAGUUUGUCCUCAAGAAUAUCCGAGUGCACUCCAAGCUUUUGUACGGUGUAUGCUAUUUCAAAGGGCAAAUUGUCAUCCGUGCGUCCAUCUGAUUCAGAGAUAACUGGAAGCAUUAAAGAUGACAGUAGUGACACAAGUUCUUCUACCAGCAAUCCUAUAAAUUGCACUUCCACUUCACAAACAGAGUGGACAGGCCCAAGCUCAGCUGCUUCUUAUUCUCUUUUUUCCUCUACAUCACUACCGAUUCAGCGGUUUCAAUCACUUUCAAUCAUUAAUAAUACCCUUUCUCAUAGAAGAACAAUUUCAAACGAUGCCAAUCAUUCUAGAAGCCUGUCUCUGGAUACUGUGGAAUGGGAGAGCAUUGCCGCUGACAAUAUCAAUUUUGAGCUCGAAAAACUAAGAAUUGAACUGAGACAUGCUCGAGGAAUGUAUGCAAUAGCUCAAAGUGAGACAAUUGAUGCUUCUAGAAAGCUAAAUGAUCUUGAAAAGUGCCGACUGGAGGAGUCAAUUAAGCUCAAGGAGUUGAACCUCAAGGAGGAGGAAGCGAAAGAAUUAGGUCAACAAGAGAAGGAUGGAUAUGAAUCGGUGAAAAGAGAAGCCAAGUAUGUUAAGGAAUGUGCUGAAAGAGAAGCUGCACAAAGGAAAGAAGCAGAAGCUAAGGCCUCACAUGAGGCCAAAGAGAAAGAUAAGCUUGAGAAUGCCAUUGUAGGCCCAGUGCAGCAGUACAAGAAGUUUACAUGGGAAGAGAUCGUGUCUGCUACCUCAUCAUUUUCCGAGAAUCUUAGGAUUGGAAUGGGAGCAUAUGGGACUGUCUAUAAGUGCAGUUUUCAUCAUACAACUGCUGCAGUAAAGGUCCUCCACUCUAAAGAGGCUCACAGGACCAAGCAAUUUCAGCAGGAGCUUGAAGUCUUGAGCAAAAUUCAUCAUCCGCAUUUGCUAAUUCUGCUUGGUGCAUGUUCUGAUCAUGGUUGCCUAGUUUAUGAGUACAUGGAGAAUGGUAACUUGGAAGAGAGGCUGCUCCAAAAAAAUAAUACACCUCCAAUCCCAUGGUUUGAGAGAUAUCGAAUUGCUUGGGAAGUAGCCUCAGCCAUGGUCUUUCUUCAUAACUCAAAGCCAGAACCAAUCAUCCAUCGUGAUCUAAAACCAGCAAACAUAUUGCUUGAUCGCAACUUCGUGAGCAAGAUUGGUGAUGUUGGCCUUUCGACAAUGCUUCAUUCAGAAAAUGCUUCCAUAUCAACCACAUACAAGGACACAGGCCCUGUUGGAACGCUCUGCUAUAUAGAUCCCGAGUAUCAAAGGUCUGGAUUAAUCUCUCCAAAGUCUGAUGUUUAUGCUUUUGGCAUGGUGAUUUUGCAAUUGCUAACUGCAAAACCAGCCAUAGCAUUAACCCAUGUGGUGGAAACAGCAAUUGAUCAUGGUGAUCUAGUGGAGGUACUGGAUCCAGAGGCUGGGAAUUGGCCAAUUGAGGAGACAAAGGAGUUGGCUAUGCUGGGCCUGAGCUGUUCAGAGCUUCGUCGUAGAGACAGACCUGAUAUGAAAGAUCAAGUUCUACCUGCAUUGGAGAGAUUGAAAGAAGUGGCAGAUAAGGCUCGAGAUUUGGCAUCCAGUGCUCCUCAGACACCUCCUAACCACUUCAUUUGUCCCAUACUCAAGGAUAUAAUGGAUGACCCUUGUGUUGCGGCGGAUGGUUACACAUAUGACCGUAAGGCCAUGGAGAUAUGGUUCGAGGAGAAUGAUAAGUCACCAAUGAAAGAUGUACCAUUGCCAAAUAAGAGCCUAGUACCAAAUUACACACUUCUUUCUGCAAUUCUGGACUGGAAGUCAGGAAAGCAUUGA